CACCGAUGCACAUGACGGUCUCUACGCUUUAUAAGUAUUGUAAGUCGUGGUUACGCCCUUUGGUACUUCCUGAUGCUCAUCUCCCUACAUCCGAAGCUUCACCACCCCACAUCAUAAAAGACCAUCAAGAUGGGCAGCAACCCCGUUUCCAAGUACCGCAUUGUCGUCGGAUGUGACGAGGCUGGCAUCAAGUACAAGGACACAAUCAAGGCAGACUUUGAAAAGGACGCUCGCGUCGAGUUCGUCGAGGAUGUCGGAAGCCAUGACGGCGCAGACAAGACGGCGUACCCUCACAGAGCCGCGGCCGCCGCUCAAAUGGUAGCCGACGGCAAGGCCGACCGCGCGCUGCUCAUCUGCGGCACGGGACUCGGCAUGGCCAUCGCCGCCAACAAGAUCAAGGGCAUACGCGCUGUGACGGCACACGACAGCUUCAGCGUCGAGCGUUCAAUUCUCAGCAACGAUGCCCAAGUGCUGUGUAUGGGUGAGAGAGUCAUUGGUUUGGAACUUGCGAGGCGGCUUGCAAAGGACUGGCUUGGAUACACAUUCGACCCUACGAGCAACAGUGCUGAAAAGGUCCACGUCAUCAAGAGUCUGGAGGCCACUGCAUGAAGCAGGUAGGCAGUUGCAUUCCAUUUCAACAACGAUUAAUAAAAGCGUUCAUUUCAUUCA